GAACAUCGGCAUGGUGGUGAUGGUCAAUGGUCUCUACAUGCUGCUCACCUUACUGCGCACCCGCUUCGAGGAUGGCUGGGGCGAGGGUCUUGUGCCCAUGGCUGCGAAUGUGGCUCGAAACGAGCUGCUUUCCUGCGUGGGCGUCCUUGGCUUUGCUGUGGUCCUGCGGAAGAUGAUUUGGCUGAAGGUUGAGCUGCGUCUCGACCGGGGGAACAUGGAGGCGCAGCUGUCCGCGGCAUCUUCACUACUUCGACUGACCUGCGACGCAGUCUUGGAGCUGGACCAAGAGUUGCGGUUGAAGUCGCAUUGCCCGGCCCUGGCCGCAAUGCUCCUUCGCGAUCGUCCGGGGGCCUCCUUGGAAGGCACGCGGUUCACG